AUGUUUGACGAUUUUGAAUUUGAUCGCUCAAAUCCAUUAAAAAGACUUAGGGAAGAAGAACGGGAGCUAGAUAGUAUACAAGCACGGCCUCAAGGCCGAUUUGCUACACAACUUGCCGAGGUUUAUUACGUGCGACCGUCAAAACUUGAGGCCGAGAAGGAACGAAAGCGGGGCAUAGAAGUGUACAGCUUAGAAGAUUUAGUACCUUCCCUGGCGCAGCAAGUAGGUUCUACAGCUCAUCAUUAUCAAUUAAUUAAGGAGAGGAGCGUUCCGGCAUCAUUUGCCCGUUCUAAUGUCGCUUUGGAGCCUCCUAAACGGGCAUUUAUUGCAACGAUAUUGGCCAUAUUGAUACAAUCAUUUGUUUUUGAAGAAUGUGGCGCGUGUAUAUCGAUUUCUGUGUUUGAUGGUUGGUUCAACAGCUUUUUUCGUGUCGGAGGAAGCCCAAUAUCAAGAAGUUGGCUAGAUACCAAGACUUAUGUUGCUAAAUGCAUUGCACAGAAAAAAAACUUAUCGUAUUUGGUCAGGAGACUAUUUGGAAUGAAUUCAAUAAAUUUCAAGGACUGCAUUCUCUUGGAGAGAGGGUUUCAUGGAUGA